CUCUACUUAACUCAUCCUUAACUAUUUACUACACCCAAACGUGAAAACGCUACCUAAAAAACCAUGGGUCCCACACGCAUGUUCCAUCGUUUAUGGUCAAUUGGUCAUGUUCAUGCUGUGUUCUGUUGCUGUGUGUGACACACCUCAAACCCAAACCCGACGAAAACUCUUCACUGGUUUUUCUUAUUCGAUCUUUCUUCUUUCUACGCAUUUAUAUUCCAAUUCUCUCCCAAAAGCGAAUCUUUUUUCUGAUCUUUUUAUGAUAUUCUGAGAGAAAAAUUCCCUUUUUUUUCUGUCUUUUUUUCCUUCUGGGAGAAUCCUUAUCAUGUCCACAAUGCCGUGCGAAUGAUAUUCACAAAAUUAAAAGAGAGAAAAAAAAUAUCUUUGUUUUGUUGUUUUGAAUUUUCUCCCCUUUGCUGUUUCUCCAUUGUUCGACGACAAUUCAAAACCUUUGGAGAGUAACAACGAUGAAAGCCUAUGUUGUGGUGUUGUUGUUGUUUUGUGUGGGGUUUUUUGAGUGUGCAUGGUGUCAGAAUAACGAUGUGGCUGUGAUGAACACGCUCAAGAAGGCCAUUAAAGAGCCCAAUGAUCUUCAAUGGAACGACCCUGAUGUGUGUAAAUGGGAACACGUUCAGUGCAACACCAUGAAGAGGGUCACUGCAAUUCAGAUUGGUGGACAAAGCCUAAACGGUUCUCUGCCUAAGGAACUGUUGCAGCUCUCAGAGUUGACGCGUUUCGAGUGCAUGAACAAUGCCUUCACUGGACCAUUCCCUAACAUGCCAAAGUCCCUCGAGGUUCUUCUCAUCCACAACAACAAUUUCAACUCCAUGAGUGGUGAUUUCUUCAAUGGCAUGACUAAUUUGCAGGAUGUGAGCAUUGGCUACAACCCUUUCUCUAAUUGGGAGAUUCCUGAUAGCCUCAAGGACUGUGAUGAUCUCAGGAGUUUCUCUGCAAUCAGUGCUGGCCUUGUGGGGAGAAUUCCGGAUUUUUUGGGUAAAGACGGUCCCUUUCCGGGUUUGGUUUCUCUUAGCUUGAGUUUCAAUUCUCUUGAAGGAGGGUUGCCUGCAACCUUCUCUGGGAGUUCUAUAGAGACCCUUUGGGUGAAUGGUCAGAAUAGUGAUGGUAAACUCAAUGGCACCCUAGAUGUGUUAAAGGGAAUGAUGUAUUUGAAGCAAAUUUGGGUACAUGGCAACUCAUUCACCGGUCCUAUCCCGGACUUGUCCAACCAUGAUCAACUGUUUGAUGUGAGUUUGAGGGAUAAUCAGUUAACUGGGGUUGUUCCACCCUCUCUCACUGCUCUUCCUGCUCUUAAAGUUGUGAACUUGACCAAUAACUUGCUUCAAGGGUCUCCUCCUUUGUUCAAAGAUGGUGUGCGGGUCGAUAACGAUUUGGAGAAGGGGACGAAUAGCUUUUGCACAAAGAAGGCUGGUGAACCGUGUAGUCCCCUUGUGGAUGCUUUGCUGUCUGUUGUUGAACCUUUGGGGUAUCCUCUGAGACUCGCGGAAAGUUGGAAGGGGAAUGAUCCUUGUGCUCAAAGUUGGAUUGGGAUUGUUUGCUCAAGUGGUAAUGUUUCCAUUGUUAGCUUUCAGAGCUUGAAUCUCUCUGGCAAAAUUUCUCCCAGUUUUUCUAGGCUUACAUCUUUGACAAAGUUGCUUCUUGCUAACAAUGACCUCACCGGUACCAUACCAAGUGAACUUACCAGUAUGCCUCUUUUGAAAGAGUUGGAUGUUUCCAAUAAUAAAUUGUUUGGUAAGGUGCCAUCUUUCCGUGGGGAUGUAGUUCUUAAAACUGGUGGGAAUCCUGAUAUUGGAAAGGAUGCAUCUCAAGCACUGCCCGGCUUGAGUCCUGGAGGUAAAUCUGGAAGUGAAGGUAAGAAACAUAAUACUGGAGCAAUUGUUGGCACUGUGGUGGGGAGUUUCAGUUUACUUGGUAUAGCAGCUCUGGUGUUUGCUAUGUAUCGUAGAAAACAUAAGCGUGCCAGCAAAGUGCAAAGUCCUAGUGCAAUAGUGGUGCAUCCUGGUCAUUCCGGAGAUGGAAAUGCUCUGAAGAUAAGUGUUUCAGGUACAGGUGUUGGUGUUAGUAGUGAUGGUGGUGGUGGUGGAGGAACUGGUGUAUUUAGUACAACUAGUAGUGUUCAACAUUUGGAAGCUGGUAAUAUGGUGAUUUCAAUCCAAGUUUUGAGGGAAGUUACAAACAAUUUCAGUGAGGGAAACAUACUGGGGAGAGGUGGUUUUGGCACUGUAUACAAGGGAGAAUUGCAUGAUGGAACAAAAAUUGCUGUAAAAAGGAUGGAAUCUGGGAUGAUGGGUGAGAAGGGGCUGACUGAGUUUGAGUCUGAAAUUGCAGUACUUACAAGGGUUCGACAUAGGCAUCUGGUUGCACUUGAAGGUCAUUGCUUGGAUGGAAAUGAGAGGCUUCUUGUGUAUGAAUACAUGCCUCAAGGUCCUCUUAGUAAGCAUUUAUUUGAAUGGAAAGAAGAAGGGUUACUGCCACUGGAGUGGAAGAGAAGGCUUUCCAUUGCUUUGGAUGUUGCUAGAGGGGUUGAGUAUCUUCAUGGUUUGGCCCAACAAAUUUUCAUCCAUAGGGAUAUAAAACCAUCAAACAUCUUGCUCGGGGAUGAUAUGCGGGCCAAAGUGUCAGACUUCGGAUUGGUUCGGCUUGCUCCAGAAGGAAAGGCCUCAUUUGAGACUAGGCUUGCUGGAACAUUUGGAUAUUUGGCUCCAGAGUAUGCAGUCACUGGACGAGUUACAACGAAGGUUGAUGUAUACAGCUACGGGGUGAUUCUCAUGGAGAUGAUAACAGGAAGGAAAGCAAUUGACAACAGCCAACCAGAAGAGAAUGUCCACCUCGUUACAUGGUUCAGAAGGAUGCUACUGAACAAAGACUCUUUCACAAAGCUCAUUGACCCCAUAAUGGAUGUUGAUGAGGAGACCUUACCAAGUUUUAGGACUGUGGCCGAGUUGGCCGGCCACUGUUGUGCGAGGGAGCCCUACCAGCGCCCUGACAUGAGCCAUGUGGUGAAUGUUUUGGCACCUCUUGUCGAGAUUUGGAAGCCUUCUGAAGCAGAUGAUGAUGACAUUUAUGCGAUUGACUUGGAUAUGACCUUACCUCAAGCACUCAGUAAGUGGCAGGCUAUUGAAGGAAAGAACACCUUUGAUGUUUCAUGCACUUCAUCAAUGCUUACUAGUGGAGAUACUACACAGUCUAGCAUACUAACUAGGCCUUCUGGAUUUGCUGAUUCCUUUACUUCCAAUGAUGGAAGGUGAAGUUUGAUUUACAUUUACAUUAUACUUGUCUAUGUUUUUUUUUUUUACUUCACCAAACUUUGGAGAUCUUUAUAGGCUUGUUUUAUAGUGUCUAGUUAGCAUAUAUUACACCCUGUACUCAUUAAACUUCCUUACUGUAUCUUGGUAUUUUGGUCUAUUGGUUUUUAAUUUAGUAGUGUCUGGGAUGCAAGAAGACAGAAGCUAAACACAUAGGUGAACUUGUGUUUUCCUUCUUUUAGACUUCAUUCUAAUGAGAAUGAGAAACAGGAUUUGGUUAUUUAUU